AUGGCCAAUAACAAGUAUUCGCAACUGCAUUUUGUGGACGGCGAUCCGGAUGAGAUAAGAUUAGUACAUACACUGAUGAAGGAUUAUGAUAAGAGAAUACGGCCAUCUUUAAAUGCUAGUCAUUCACUAAAUGUAACAUUUGGAUUAGCUUUAGCACAGAUAAUAGAUGUGGAUGAAAAGAAUCAGAUAUUAACAACAAAUUGUUGGCUAAAUCAGAUCUGGGUUGAUUAUGGUUUGCGGUGGGAUCCAGACGAAUAUGGUGGUAUAAAAGUUAUACGUCUGCCUUUUGAGUCCGUAUGGAGACCUGAUAUACUGUUAUACAACAAUGCAGACGUGUCAUCUGUAUUUUCCUCCAUCAGUUCAAACGUCAUUGUUACUGCGGAUGGUAAUGUCACAUGGUUGUCAAUGGUGAUUUUUAAAAGUUCGUGUUCAAUUGAUGUUCGGUACUUUCCGUUUGACGAACAAAAUUGCACGAUGUUGUUUGCAUCAUGGACCUACGACGGAUAUCAGUUGAAUCUUAUUAUGAAUUCCGGAGACGGUGAUACCACGAAUUACAUCCAUAAUAGUGAAUGGGAGCUUGACAGAUUGAAAGUUGAGCGCAAUGUAGUGUAUUAUUCUUGCUGCGCUGAACCCUAUCCGGAUAUAACGUUCUACAUCCAUAUAAGGAGACGCCCUUUAUUCUAUAUUUUCAAUAUGAUAUUACCAUGUAUAAUGAUAACAUUGGUGGCGCUACUGGGAUUUUAUAUACCGUCUGAUUCAGGAGAAAAAGUAACCAUGGGAAUAACAACUUUAUUAUCUAUGACAGUUUUUAUGAUGCUGGUUACAGAAAACAUGCCACCCACUUCAGAUGUUUUACCAUUGAUAGGUUUAUACUAUGGAAUGACUAUAUUUAUUGUGUCUUUUGCUACUGCGAUGACAGUUUUUACAUUAAAUAUUCACCAUAAAGGUGCACGUGGCCUGGAAGUACCAAAACUUAUUAAAACAAUCUGUUUUGGAUUUUUUGCUAAACUAUUUUGUAUGAAGAUCGAUUCAGAUUCAAAGAAAAUGUCGGUAAGUUUCAAUAUUAAUUAUACUAAAUUUGAAAGCGAAGCUAAACAGUCGAACGGAGGUGUUCACUUCCAAAGGUUUCAUCCUGUAACGUCAACGAGUAGUCCAACAAUAGAGAAUUUUGAGUUACAAUUUAUGCGGGUGCUGCAAAAAGUGUAUCAGACAAUCGAGCGAAACGAAAUGAGACUUGUAGACAAUGACAGACGAGAAGCCAUCAAACUUGAUUGGCAACAAGUGGCCCAGAUUGUGGAUCGGGUCCUACUAUCGUGUUUUGUGAUAAUGACCAUGGUGAUAACUGGCAUUGUGUUGCUUUCAGCUCCACGAUCCAAUAUGGAAAAUCCAAUGUGAUCCAUUUUUUUUCUUCUUUAUUUGACUUAUACAUUUUCAACAUUUUUACAUGAUCAUGUUUUGAACUAUUAUUUCUCUGGUAGUGGGCCGCUCAACGAAGACAAAGUGAAAGCAGGCUUUCUGUUUAUAUCGUAAAUUUUAGUUGGUGACUGUCAUAUUAUAGUGACGGAAUUAAACAAAGGGUGAUGCUAUUAAUUGCUGUGAUAGCGGUUUACAAGUGAAUAGAAUACAGUGUAACUCCCAAAUAUGAAA